AUGAAAGACACGGGCGUAAAUUAUAUUGGCUUCAUGGCCUGGAUAGGCAUAUGGUCCCUCAUUCUGCAUGUCCUCUUGGCUGUUACAAACUCGUGCAACUGGCUGCGCUGGGUCACCCGGUUCCCCUGCGACAUCUUUGGCUUCUACGUCGCCUUCAUCUACCUCCAGAAGGGCAUCCAGGUGCUCGGCCGCCUCGGCGACGGGGCGCCUUUUUACCUGUCCAUCAUGGCGGCCCUGCUGGUCUUCAUGGUGGCGUACGUGUGCGGCGAGCUGGGCGCCAGCAGCCUGUUCAGGCAGCCUGUGCGCGUGUUUCUCAAGGACUACGGCACGCCGCUGACCCUCAUCUUCUUCACGGGCUUCGUGCACAUCGGACGCAUGGCCCGCGUCGAGUUGGAGAGGCUGCCGACGGGACUUGCCUUUGAGCCGACCAGCGGGAGGGCCUGGCUGGUUCGUUUUUGGGACCUGAGCGUGGGCGAAGUCUUUACCGCGCUGCCCUUUGCCAUCUUGCUGACCGUCUUGUUCUGGUUCGACCACAAUGUGUCGUCUCUCAUCGCCCAGGGCAGCGAGUUCCCGCUCCGCAAACCCGCCGGCUUCCACUGGGACAUCUUCCUGCUCGGCAUCACCACUGGCGUCGCGGGCAUCCUCGGCCUCCCGUUCCCCAACGGCCUCAUCCCCCAGGCCCCCUUCCACACGGAAUCUCUCUGCGUCACCAAGCCCGUCAAGCAGCUCGAUGAAAAGGGCCAGGACAAGGGCGACUUCACCCUGGAGGCUACGCACGUCGUGGAGCAGCGCCUGUCCAACCUUGCCCAGGGCCUCCUGACGCUCGGCACCAUGACGGGGCCCUUGCUCGUCGUCCUGCACCUCAUCCCCCACGGCGUUCUGGCAGGCCUCUUCUUCGUCAUGGGCGUCCAGGCCCUCGAGGCGAAUGGCAUCACCACCAAGCUCGUCUUCCUGGCGCGUGACGCCGACCUCACCCCUCCCGACGCGCCGUUGCGCAGCAUCAAGCGCCGCUCCGCUGUGUGGCUCUUUGUCGCCAUCGAGCUGCUUGCAUUCGGGGCCACCUUUGCCAUCACCCAGACCGUCGCGGCGGUCGGGUUCCCCGUCUUCAUCUUCCUGUUGAUUCCGCUACGCGCGCUCGUCCUGCCGACGGUAUUUCGCCCCGAGGAACUGGCCGUGUUGGAUGCGCCCACGGCGUCGGAUUUCACCAUGGAAGGAAUCGGCGGCUCGUGGGGUGGCGCCGGGCCUGCGCCUCCCCCGGCGGAUCGAAGCGGUCACGGGACGGCCGCCUCUAAUCGUUCUUCUGGCUCGAGAGGGCCCCGGGACCGUGUCUUUGCGGGCCCCGGGGUUGCGAGGAGGAGUCGCGACGAUUUGGCCGAGUUGGGGAUGGGGAGGGUGCCGAGUGCGCGGAGUACGGCGAUGACGAGCAUGAGCGCGCAGCGGACGUCGACGAAUUUGCCGACGGGGAGCCUUUCACAGCAGCGGUAG